AUGCAGGCUGAUAACAUGAGGGAUGCUCUUAUUGCAACAGGAACCCAACUGGUUGCUCGUGUCUUGACUAAUCUCCUCUCUGGGAACUGGGACAUGGGGGAUAACUCCUCUCCCGAGGAUGCCAGAAACAGGAACUCACCUCUGCCUUCCACCAUGACAUCAGAAGAGAGGCGGCUAAGGACGUUCCAGUGCUGGCCAGACAGUGCUGCUGUUUCUCCAGCUGAUCUGGCUGCAGCUGGCUUCUUCUUUGUAGGGCCUGGUGACAGAGUAAAGUGUUUCUGCUGUGGCGGGGUGUUGUAUGAGUGGGUUGCCGAGGAUGACCCCAUAGAAGAGCACAGGAAGUUCUUCCCUAUGUGCCCUUUCAUCCAGGGCAUUGGUGUAGGAAGCCAGCGGGCGCCCCGUGCUCGGGGGCUCCAGGACUGUGUGGAUGGACAGUUCCUUGGCAUGCUGCAAAACAUAGGCAUGGAAGAAGAGGCUGUCCCAGAUAGCCCACCGGAAUACCCAAAUAUGGAGAUGGAAGACAAUCGGCUGGUGACAUUUAACACCUGGCCAUCCUCUGCUCGUGUGUCUCCUGAGUUAUUGGCCAGAGCAGGCUUCUUUUACACAGGGGAGGGAGAUUAUGUGCGGUGCUUCCAUUGCGAUGGCGCCUUGAGGAACUGGGAACGCGGAGAUGACCCCUGGAUGGAGCAUGCUAGAUGGUUUCCAAGGUGCAAAUUCCUGCUGCAGUCCAGAGGGAGAGACUUUGUAAACACUAUUCAGGAAUCUUAUCUCGGUACUCCUGCAUCCUCAGAAGACCCCUCGAAUGAGGCUGAACAGGAUUCCUCAAGCUCUGAAGACAGCCUGGGAAAUUUGGACUUAGUUUCCCCAGAGCUGACCUCCAUGAUGCAAACUGUUCUCCAAAUGGGCUUUCACCAGGCCCUGGUGUCCAGUUUGCUGCAGCUCAGAUUCCAGCAGAUGGGGGCUAGUUAUCCAUCUUUGUCCGAUCUGGUCCUGGAUUUGCUUCAGGCAGUGCAGGAUCAAGGCAGCCAGGCAGAGGAGACAAGAGAACCUGCUCAGAGAGAACCAGAUUUGGGCAGCAUGAGAAGAGAGGCAGAACCCAGUGAAGGAGAAUCUACCUCAAAUGUGGAGGCUCAGCUGCGGCGCCUGCGGGAGGAGCGCAUGUGCAAAGUCUGCAUGGACAAAGAAGUAUCCAUUGUGCUAAUACCUUGUGGCCAUUUAGUGGUGUGUGCAGAAUGUGUUCCUAAUCUGAGGCGCUGCCCUAUCUGCAGAGGGGUCAUCAGGGAUACCGUGAGGGCAUUCAUGUCCUGA